AUGGACUCGAACAAACGAGAGAUCGUGACGUUCGGCGGAAUCCGAACCUACCUCUUCCCGAAUCUCGCGCUUUAUGCUAUCAAAAACGAAGAAACGCUUGCGAACGAUCCUAAAUCGGUGAGCAAAUAAUUUUGAGGUGUUGUUUUGUACAUGAGAGUUAUGUUUCAGGCGAAUAAGUUUGCCGCCUACGUCUUCGGAGGCAUCACCGAUGAGCCGAGCGAGGAGGAUAUCAUUUCGAUGAUUGCUCCCGAGAAUGCCGACGGAGAUGCACUCUUCACAGGCCUCGAUGCUUGCAUCGCUCUUUUCGCAACGGUAAGACAAUGCGUUUUUCCCGCUAUAAUUCAUUUUUUUUCAGGGUGCUCCCAGCAAAGUGGUUGCGAAUCGUCUGGCUGCUCUGGGUCGUUCUCACGAGUUUACGCCUGUUUUGGAGAACAGCGUGGACACCAAGAAGAAUAUUACCGUGAUUUCUCGCAGAGCCAAACUUCAGAAGACUGAAUCCUCGAAAAUCCUCCACAUGCUCACUCAGUUCCUUCUCGAGGAGGAUGAGAAGUUCGAGAAGCUUGCAGAAUUCUCUUCUUUGAAUCUCGACUUUGAUAUCUUAGUCAUUAUGAAGCUUCUGAAGAUGAAUUCCGACGAACUUGCUGUAGACUUUGAUAUUAUCAAAGGAACCGUUCAAGACGCGUUGGAAAAACCCAAUCCAAAGUUGGCCAGCCUUCUGUAAGAGAAAGUUUGUGUGCUGCUUUAAAACAGAUGAUUACAGUCGUGAUGGUCCGCCGCCUGCGGAAGAUACGACCAGUCCCCUCGGGAAACUUCUGCUGGUCCCAAUUGCUGAAUCUGCCGAAACGCUUGUGAACCACAUCGUGGAACAUUACCAAGAGGUUCCCCAGAAAGAGGGAGACGCGGCUCUGGCGGAGAGAAGCCGUCUCAGCUAUCAACUCUACUCGCUCGUCGUUCGCUCGUUGAUUGCAGACAAGCGCGAUUUGGCUAAAACUAUCCAGUCGCUGAUACCAGAGGCAAUCAGAGCCGAGGUGUUCGCUGGUAUGCAACGCAGUGUCUACAAGAGCUCUGUCUUCCUGGCUCAUCACAUUAUCCAAGUUUUUCUUGGAUGUACGUUUCAAUUUUUCUGGGCUGUUACUACAUUUUAUUUUCAGCAAGAAAGUCUUUCGAAGACUGGAAGUUCGUUGGACUCAACGAUGAUCUGGAUUGCGUUUGGAGAAGACGUGCCAUCGUCACACUUCUGACCAACUUCCGCACGUCGAUCGUUGAGAAACCUUUUGAUGAAUACGCGCCAUUGGUAAAAACACGUUUACAUUUAGAACCUUCUAACAUUUAUUUUCAGUUGCCUGAAGACGACAUUGAUAACGACGAACUCGUUGGAAAGAUGAAGAAUGCACUUCGCUUUGCUUCGUGGAUCACAGAGUUCUACGGAUCUGAAACCGAUGAAGAGUCUGUCAACGAGCUGUUCUUCUUGGACGCUCAGACGAGAAUGCUUCUCGCGGAGAGCUUGAAAAGUUAGAUUUUCUUCGACUUUAUUCCUUAAUAACGUUGAUUUCAGAGUUUGCGCAGGGAGUCGAUUCUAAGACCCAAGUUCUUCAAAUCGUCAAUGCUCUGGAGAGUUUCAAAGGUCCCGCUGUCGCUCAGAAACCGCAGAGUUCCACUGUUGUGACUCAACAAGCGGCUCCAGCUCAAAGAGCGGUGACUCCUCCGGUCUCUUCAGCUGCUCGUGACGUUUUCAACGUGUCGUCGGUUCCUCCCAUUCAGCAGUGCCAAGUCAAGAAGCUGACUUAUAGCAAGGAAGAGUUGGGCAGUGUACAUUUGGAGAACAAUUCCAAGGUGAUCAGUGAGAAGGUGCUCACCGAGUUGCAAAGAACCGAGUCGACGAACUUGAUCAGCAAAAAGAUCGAUUCUACCAUUAUUCAAGACUCCGGAGUUGACGAGAUCGACGCUUCUCACACUCUCAGCAAUGUCAAACAAAUCGGACAAGGUGUCAGUGUGGAGGCAAAGGUUUGUGUCAUUUAUCUGCUUGUUGCGAUCAAAUUCACUAUCUUCUUUGCAGGAACCGAUUGUUCAAGAAAGACCAACCGCGCCCGUCUCUCAAACAUCCAUCACCAACGAUGCUACGCCUACCGACGUUACCCAAUCCCAGGCAUCCCUUGUCGAAGACAGACCAUCUCUGGUUGUCGAAGACGACAGGCUUUCUGCUGACGGAUGGGAGUCGCCAGUGAAGACGCCGCUUCCGCGCCCGGUAACAAAUUUUAACGUGAAAGUAUCUGUAUAGCUGGUUUCAGGAUAUCGAGCCAUUGACGGAAGAGACCGAGUUCGCUGAACCAGCUACAAAUGCUGAGGAGGCCGAAAUCGCUGAACCAGCUCCGUCCACUGAGUUCGGCGCUCCGACCACACCUGCCCCCAAGGAACAGCAACAGUUCGCGAGAACAAACGUGUUGGAAACGCCUGAAUCUCGCGCAAAAUCUUCCUAUGGAGCCGGAGAUAUGACUCCGAUUCCGCUCGCUACUCCAACCGUCGCAUACAAUGUCAGCGGCUUCGGUGCAGCCACAUUGGCGAAGAACUUCGGGACUUCGUCCAUCGGAAGCGGUUCUGGUGGAUUUGGAGGUGGAGGCAACCGUGGAGGAUACGGAGGCGACCGUGGAGGCAGCCGUGGAGGACACGGUGGGGACCGUGGAGCCAGCCGUGGUGGAUACGGUGGAGAUCGUGGAAGCCGUGGUGGCUUCGGAGGUGGCGACCGUGGAGAAUACGGAGGACAGCGUAGUGGUGGAUUCGGAGGAGACCGUGGAGGCCGUAGCAAUUAUCGUGGUGGCGGUGGAAACUUCUAA